AUGAAGCUCAUCUCAUAUGACCGUAAUUCCAUGCUCCUGCAGGCUUGUUUGGACGAAAAAGUAUUGAUAGUGAAAGAACUCCUGUCAAGCAGUUCCGUCGACAUUAAUACCAAAGCAAAGGCUGGAUGGACGCCCGUGUUAAUUGCUGCUUUCAAGGGAAAUGUGGAAUUAUUUACCCUUUUGGUCAAGGAGGAAUGUGACCUCUCCAAUAAAUUAGAUGACGGUAAGAAUAUCUUACAUGUGGCAUGUUUGAGCGACAAUGUAGAUAUUGCUGAGUAUCUUCUCUCUCAUGGGAUAAGUAACAUAGAUAGCACAGACAAGACGGGGAGAACACCGGUUAUAUGUGCAGCAGAGAAGGGCAGUAAGAAAGUUUUUGAUCUGCUGGUGAGCAAAGGAUGCAACUUGUCGGUAGUGGAUGAUCUAAGUAGAAACAUUCUACAUGUUGCAUGUUUGAGUGACAAUGUAGACCUUGUUAAGGAUCUUAUCUCGCAUGGGAUAACUGAUAUAGAAAGCAGAGGUGAGGAUGGAGCUACACCGGUGAUGUAUGCAGCAGAGAAGGGCAACAAAAGAGUUGUUGAUCUGUUGGUGAACAAAGGAUGCAAAUUGUCGGUUGUGGAUGAUCGAGGUAGAAACAUUCUACAUGUUGCAUGUUUGAGUGACAAUGUAGACCUUGUUAAGGAUCUUAUCUCGCAUGGGAUAGCUGAUAUAGAAAGCAGAGGUGAGGAUGGAGCUACACCGGUGAUGUAUGCAGCAGAGAAGGGCAAUAAAAGAGUUGUUGAUCUGUUGGUGAACAAAGGAUGCAAAUUGUCGGUAGUGGAUGAUCGAGGUAGAAACAUUCUACAUGUUGCAUGUUUGAGUGACAAUGUUCAUAUUGUUGAGGAUCUAUUCUUGCUAGGGAUAGCUGAUAUAGAAAGCCGAGGUAAGGAUGGAGGUACAUCGGUGAUGUAUGCAGCAGAGCAGGGCAAUAAAAGAGUUGUUGAUCUGCUGAUGAACAAAGGAUGCAAAUUGUCGGUUGUGGAUGAUCGAGGUAGAAACAUUCUACAUGCUGCAUGUUUCAGUGACAAUGUACAUAUUGUUGAGGAUCUAUUCUUGCUAGGGAUAGCUGAUAUAGAAAGCAGAGGUAAGGAUGGAGGUACAUCGGUGAUGUAUGCAGCAGAGAAGGGCAAUAAAAGAGUUGUUGAUCUGCUGAUGAACAAAGGGUGCAUCUUGUCGGUUGUGGAUGAUCGAAGUAAAAAUAUUCUACACGCUGCAUGUAUGAGUGACAAUGCAGACAUUGUUGAGGAUCUUCUCUCGCGUGGGAUAGCUGGUAUAGAGAGCAAAGACAAGAAUGGGGCAACACCAGUGAUGUAUGCAGCAGAGAAGGGCAAUAAGAAAGUUGUUGAUCUGCUGGUGAGCAAAGGAUGCAACUUGUCGGUAGUGGAUGAUCUAGGUAGAAACAUUCUACAUGCUGCAUGUUUGAGUGACAAUGUAGAUAUUGUUGAGGAUCUUCUCCGGCAUGGGAUAGUUGACAUAGAGAGCAAAGACAAGAAUGGGGCAACACCAGUGAUGUAUGCAGCAGAAGGGCAAUAA